GCGGAACAAAACCGGAAGCACGUGUCGACGACGUCACCGUUGGAAAACAAAAACAAAUCGACGUCUUGCAACGUCUCUGUUGUUGUUGUGUGUCACACUGUUUGUCGUGUUUACUGUUUUGAACCCCUCCGUGUCGUCUCCAGUGUACGUGUUCAUGGUUGUCCUUUGGGUCCAGCCGAAGCUGUAGUUUACCGGUAACAUCACGGUAACGGUAGUUUAGCAGCCAUGGCUCAGCAGAGAGGAGUCAACAGCCUGCAGUUCAACCAGGACCAGAGCUGUUUCUGCUGUGCUAUGGAGACUGGGGUCAGGAUUUACAACGUGGAGCCCCUGAUGGAGAAAGGCCACCUGGACCAUGAGCAGGUAGGCAGCGUGGCGCUGUGCUCCAUGCUGCAUCGAUCCAACCUGCUGGCUGUAGUUGGCGGAGGAGUCAAUCCCAAGUUCUCCGAAAUAUCUGUGCUGAUCUGGGAUGACGCUCGGGAGUCACGAGACCCCAAAGACAAGCUGGUGCUGGAGUUUACCUUCACCAAACCUGUUCUAGCUGUUCGCAUGAGGCAUGACAAGAUCAUCAUUGUAUUAAAGAACAGGAUCUAUGUGUACAGUUUUCCAGAUAACCCUGUCAAACUUUUUGAGUUUGACACCAGAGAUAACCCCAAAGGCCUGUGUGAUUUAUGUCCCAGUCUGGAGAAACAGCUGCUGGUCUUUCCAGGUCAUAAAUGUGGCAGCCUGCAGCUAGUUGACUUGUCCAACACCAAGCCUGGCACAUCAUCUGCCCCUUUUACCAUCAACGCCCACCAGAGUGAGAUCGCCUGCGUGGCGCUGAACCAGCCCGGCAGCGUGGCGGCUUCAGCCUCUCGCAAAGGAACACUCAUCCGCCUGUUUGACACCACGACCAGAGACAAGCUGGUGGAGCUGCGCAGAGGAACCGACCCGGCCACCCUUUACUGCAUCAACUUCAGCCACGACUCCUCGUUCCUGUGUGCCUCCAGUGACAAAGGCACAGUUCACAUCUUUGCACUCAAAGACACCAAACUCAACCGCCGCUCUGCACUGGCACGUGUUGGGAAGGUGGGCCCUGUGAUUGGUCAGUAUGUGGACAGCCAGUGGUCAUUGGCCAGCUUCACUGUGCCAGCUGAGUGUGCCUGUAUCUGUGCUUUUGGAAAGAACACAUCCAAGAACGUCAACUCUGUCAUCGCCAUAUGUGUGGACGGGACCUUCCAUAAGUACGUGUUCACCCCUGAUGGAAACUGCAACCGAGAGGCCUUCGACGUGUAUCUGGAUAUAUGUGAUGAUGAUGACUUCUGAGGCCACUUUAAAAACAUUGCUGGAAGGGCAGAGAUGUGAGGACGAGGAAGAAACACGAGGAGGACAACGAUGAGAAAUGACUUGAGUUAGGCCUAACGAUUAUUAUUCAGUUCUGGAGACAGAGAAUCAGAGACGUGUGGAGAAACACAGACUUUAUGCUGGGGCCUGUUUUAUAAAGUCCUUUGUGUUUGUAAUCAGUUGUAUCUACAGUAUGUAGCAGUGUGAAUAUAAAUACAGUUUUCUUAUAGCUGUGUACCUUGUUGCAUCAUGAGUCUGAUAGAUUGAUGUUUAAAACACCCUGACAUGACAGAUACAUUUGGAAACUAAGUGAUUUGCUGUAUUUAUGAGAGGUUACUAGUUAAAGUCAAACUGAAAUUAAAAAUAGUUUUUGCCAAGAAAUCAGUAAAUACAUCCCUGGUGUUUGUUUUCACUUGUUUACUUACUUGGUCAAAAUUAUAAUUGCCAAAAAGAAGAAAAGUUUUAUGAAUCAGUGAUAGGGGCCCCCUGCAUUAGUGUUGGAUGUCCAGGAGAUGCAUGUAUGUGGCUCAAUGUAAACAGAAGUGUAUUGAGACAAGAAAACUUUAAAUGACAACUGUAAAUAGAGCCUUUGUCUUUUUGGAGUUAAGAACCAGCUUUAAAGGAAUAGAUUGACAUUUCUGGUGGAGAGUUAGAUGAGAAGAUCGAUGCCACGCUCAUAUUUGUCCGUUACAUAUAAGGCUUCAGCCAACAGCCAGCCAGCACAAACACUGUAAACAAGGAAAACAGCUAGUCUGGCUCUCCACCUACCAGCACCUGUAAAGCUCAGGAAUUAACACAUUAUAUCUCAUUUGUUUAAUCUGUACAAAAACGGACGUGUAAAAACACUUUGCCGUUUUAUGGUGGCUUAUGUGCUGGACUAUUUCUUGGCUAGGACUAGUAACUUCCGUUGGCUGCCUGGCAACUACUCAGUCAUGAAAUUGUUCGGCAUGUAACUCCCCGUCAUACGGCGAAUUGUUUUUACAAAUAUGAGUGGUAUAAAUCAUCUCAUCUAACUCUUGACAAGAAAGCAAAUAAGUGUAUUUCCCAAAAUGUUAAAUUUUUCAAUAGCAAACUGUAAUAUUGGCCGAUGACAAAGAAGAUGGUAUCGUCUGUAUAGAAAUGAACACUGCAAAGCGCAGUUGGAAAAUAAAUAGUAUGUAUAGAGUAAAUAA